AUGUCCCCCCCUGCAGUUUCCCCGGCCAUCUCCUCUGGCCGAUGCCGGCAUCUGUCUUCUGGGUUCCGUCCCCUGCGACGUCGGGACGUACGGGGGACGGAACGGCGGGAAAUUCAAAAAUGUAAAAAUAAAACAUUCCUGUAUCAAACCAUUUCACAUACAUUUUGUCCCGAGUGCUUUGUCCUGUGCCCUGCCUGCAUUUUUACUGUUCUUUCUGCCUGGAAACUGAGAAACGUCCAUGGCGUCCAAAAAGCGUCCCUUUAGGUCAAAAGCGGUUUUAGACCGGCUAGAGAACAGCGAUAGUAAAUUAGAACCACUUGCAGAAUUGA